AUGUCUUCGCGCCAGCACAAUUCCGAGGACUGGUAUCGUCACAGCCAGAGAGGCGCUCAGCCGCCAUCGCAAGCUCUUUGGGACCGCGUGAACGAGCCGUUUGUCCUACUCACCGGCAUUGUGCUCUUUGUCGCGUUUGCAUACAACACAUACAUUUCCACGCCUGCUAUUCAAGAAAACCUCGUCGCAGCAGCGCACCGUUCGUGGCACGCGCUGGUCUACAUCGUCCCAACGUCGAUACUGUACUCGAUCGACGCCUGGUUCGACCCCCUGAUGAGGACGACACACGUCAACACCCAUGCCUCGAAGAGCGCGGCGAUGAAGCGAGUGCUGGGGCUCGAGAGCGACAGAGGCAUCGUCGCGUCGGUUUUCCAAGGGAGGACCCGCGCCCUGUCUGUUACGACCAACGCUCUGGGGCUGCACCCAGAUAAAGAGCGCCCGGCGGGCUUGGGGAACCGAGACAAUUCAUGUUUUCAAAACAGCAUUCUGCAGGGCCUCGCGUCACUCGACACACUGCCCGAAUACCUCGCCAACUGCCUUGGUGACGACACGGACGCGGACGAAGACGAUGGGCAAAAGGUGGUGACGCAGACGCUUAAGACCCUGAUCAGCGACCUCCACGACACAUCGAACAAUGGGCGCACGCUCUGGACGCCGAGCAAGCUGAAGUUCCUCAGCACGUGGACGCAGCAGGACGCGCAGGAAUACUUCUCCAAGAUACUGGACGAUAUCGACAAACGUGCAGCGCGCGCGCUCAAGGCGUCAGAACGACACAGUGGCUUCGAGAAGUACACAGAGAAAGACAAGAUCGACACCGACGCCGGUGCUAGCGACAUCAGCGACGACAGUGGUUACCAGAGUCAUGGCGCUAGGUCACGAAGCCCGGAGGCUACGUCUCUACGAAACCCCUUGGAGGGCUUGCUUGCACAGCGGGUAUCUUGUGUGCAGUGCGGACAUUCGGAUGGCCUAUCCAUGAUCCCUUUCAACUGUUUGACCCUGAGUCUGGGGCUACAACAACAACACGACCUACACGAGAGACUGGACGCCUACAGCCAUGUGGAAGCCAUCGAGGGAGUCGAGUGUCCGAAAUGCACCCUUCUCAAAGCGCAAAGGCUCCUGGGCAAGCUUGUAGAGCAGAUGAAAGAAAAGGGCGUGCCUGAAGCGCAACUCGCGGAACCGACCAGGCGGUUGGAGGCUGUGAAUCUGGCGCUGGAGGAAGAUUCCUUCGACGAGAAGACAUUGGCAGAGAAGUGCAAAAUCACCUCCCAGAGCAAGGUGACCACUACAAAGACGAAGCAGAUCGUCAUCGCCAGGCCGCCUCGCAGUCUAGCGAUUCACGUGAACCGCUCGGUAUUCGAUCCAAACACGUUUGAUAUGGUCAAAAAUUCAGCGCCAGUGCAUUUUCCAAUGAUGCUUGAUCUGGGGCCGUGGUGUUUGGGAAGUACUGACGGUGUCAAGACGACUGGACGCUCGACGGGCGCGGCAGAUGAGGAGAAAUGGCUCGAGGACCCUACGGCGUCCAUGGUAGCCGGCGGCGAGCAGCCUUCGAAGCUGACAGGCCCGAUAUACGAACUACGUGCGGUCGUGACGCACUAUGGCCGCCAUGAAAAUGGACACUACAUCUGCUACCGAAAGCACGCGCGCAAUGUCAAUUCUGGGAGUCGCGAGUCAACCCCGGCGUUCGAGGAUGCGCGAGGGGAUGUCAACGAGGAUUCUGUAUCCACGGCAUUCGAUGACGAGGACCUAGACCACAAGCACGCUGAGCAUAAGAUGGACUGGUGGCGGCUGAGCGAUCACAAUGUGUCCAAGGUCACCGAGCAAACCGUCUCCACACUGUCCCCCGGUGUGUUCAUGCUGUUUUACGACUGUGUCGACCCGACCAUGGAGCGGCACGAGGUUGACGAACUGUCGAGCGAUACGGUAGACAAGGAGCAAGCCGGCGAUGCGCCAUAUGAAGACCGGGCCGAGCAAGAACGCGCUGGCAAGAGCAGUAACUCAACGCAAGAAACAGCUCAAAACGGCAAUCUGGUGACUUCAACGGAUUUGGCAGGCCGAGAUUCCACUGCCACCGCCGGCAGCGCCCCUAAACAGGGUGAGGCUGUUGGCGAAUCCGGUCCAGCUUGA